AUGCAGCAGCUGGAGGAUGAGAAGCCCAAGAAGAAGGUGACCGCAUACCUUCUCUACUGCGUUUCAACGGCCGUCAUCGGCUCCCUGCAGUUUGGCUACAACACUGGAGUCAUCAACGCACCCGAACAGAAACUGCGAGCCUUCUUUAACAAUGUGUCCAUGGAGCGAUACGGCGAGCCCUUCAGCGCGGGGGCGACCACCAUGGUGUGGAGCUUUGCUGUGGCCAUCUUCAGUGCGGGGGGCAUGGUGGGCUCCUUCUCUGUUGGAACCAUGGUCAACAAAUUUGGAAGACGGAAGUCCAUGCUGAUCACCAACAUUCUGGCUGUCCUGGGCGGCGGGCUGAUGGGGCUGUCAGCUGUGAGUCGGUCCUAUGAGAUGGUCAUCAUCGGCCGGCUGAUCAUCGGCGUGUUCUGCGGUCUGUGCACGGGUCUGACGCCCAUGUACGUGGGCGAGAUCAGUCCCACGGCGGUCCGAGGAGCCUUCGGCACACUCCACCAGCUCGGGGUGGUCAUCGGCAUCCUGGUGGCGCAGAUCUUCGGUUUGGAGUCCCUGCUGGGCUCGGAGACUCUGUGGCCUCUGCUGCUCGCUCUCACUGUCCUGCCCGCCAUACUGCAAAGCAUCCUGCUGCCCUUCUGCCCCGAGAGUCCCCGUUACCUGCUGAUCGUCCUGAACCAUGAGGAAGAGGCAAGAAAAGCACUGGUGCGUCUGCGCGGCACUGAAGACGUGAACGAUGAUAUCCAAGAGAUGAAGGAGGAAGGGAUGAAGAUGGCCAUGGAAAAGAAAGUGACCGUCUUGGAACUUUUCCGCUCUCCAAACUACCGCCAGCCGAUCAUCAUCGCCAUCAUCCUCCAGCUCUCCCAGCAGCUGUCUGGCAUCAACGCCGUCUUCUACUACUCUACCAACAUAUUUAAAACUGCGGGCGUCACUGAACCCAUCUACGCCACCAUCGGAGCCGGAGUGGUCAACACCGUGUUCACCGUGGUUUCUCUGUUCCUGGUUGAGCGGGCGGGCCGCAGGACUUUGCACCUCAUCGGGCUGGGUGGGAUGGCGGUCAGCGCUGUCCUCAUGACCAUCUCCCUGGCUUUAGUGCAGGAGAAAAACACGUCUCUCAGCUAUUUGGCGAUCGUGGCGGUGUUCGGCUUCGUGGCCAGCUUUGAGAUGGGUCCGGGUCCCAUUCCCUGGUUCAUCGUGGCUGAGCUCUUCUCUCAGGGACCUCGACCCGCCGCCAUGGCCGUUUCUGGCUGCUCCAACUGGACCGCCAACUUCCUGGUGGGGCUGGGUUUCCCCAAACUGGCGGAAAUUUGUGGUGCUUACGUCUUCCUCAUCUUCGUGGCUCUCCUCGUCUUGUUCUUCACCUUCACCUACCUGCGAGUUCCCGAGACAAAGGGCAGAACUUUUGACGACAUCGCUCAGGGAUUCGCGGCGAAGCCCUCCCACUCGCUGAUGCCUCAGGCCGCCGCUCCUGGCCAGCCGGACAGUAAAGACCCGCCCAUGUCUCCCACGGAGAAGUUCUCCAUGGUGGACAUGUCUCCAGACAAACAAUGAGCGCGUCGUGAGAACAGAGCACCAAUGAUUUCAGGAAGGUGUUUAUAGCGUGCAGCACUUGUCAGAGUUAUGUUGAGUAACUCUCAGGUCACGACGGAACAGCAGGGUGCGUUCGGAAGGAGCCGACUCAGCGUGUUGAUGUUAUUUUUAAAACGUUUAGGGUUUUUAUUUCAUGUUUGCUGUGUGCCAUUAAAAAAGAAAUACCCUAGUUAGAUAAGUUUUUAUUAAUUGACAUAAAUCUCUUUAAUCCUGCGUUGAACGUGGGCCCAACGUAAAUGAAUUACCAGUACUUAAUGUUAUGUCGACAUGCAUAGUGCCAUCGCCACUCAUUUUGCCACGUAAGAGGAUCAGCAUAUGUCCAGGGUUAAGUCCCAGGUCCUCGGCGACCAUCAGUGUUAAAAGGUUGCGGGAUUUAGGGGUUUGGGGUAUUGAGGUCAGGCUUGAAAAGCUGGUUUUGGAGCCUGGUAGUUUGACCCAAAAAAGGACUGACUUGCCCUUCCCGCCGGUCCGACAACGUGUCGCGUUUUACAGGGCGGGGGGGGGGGGGAUGGGGGGGGCGUGUUGUGAGGGACCGCAGGAGUCCCUCCACAAUAAAGGUCCAUAACAAAGCAGUGACGAUUGACUUUAGGAGAAACACAACACUUAACUGUACAUCCGCUUCGUGUUUCACUGCUUUACACUAUUUCAAGGCCAAUUUUGAACAAGAAUUCCUCCAUAGUGAUAAAAGAUGUUUACUUUUUCUGUGCAUAAUUGGCCCGUCAAGCCACAAACUUUCACAGUAAAGUAUUUACAUUUCAGGUGUUUUUACUGCCUUCAGUUGUGACAAUGCCUCGGCUCUGAAGAGUGUGUAAGGGUGUGUAAGGGCUAAGCUCGCAUACAAUCCUCUGAGAGUGUCAGUAUUGUGCUGCUCGGAAAGACAAGGACAUGUCAAGUUUUCACAGUCGGCCUCUAAUAUUAAUAUUUAUUGAUGAGAGAGACAUGUAGCACUGCCAAUGAUAAAACCCUCUAUAUUUUCUUCUUGAAAAACUCGAGCUAACUUCAUGUAUGUGCACAGUGCAACCACGCAUUUCUUGCUGACAUUGCAACAAUUACAUAAAAAUACUCAGGUGGUUAAAACCUUCAGUUUGUUCAAACUAUUGUAGCACUGAAAAUACAUUCAAUAUUCAUGUACUUGAAGCCUGUCUUUAAAACACCAUCUGGAAAAUCCAUAAAUAUGUUGCAAUCUCUAAAACUCAGUUUCUAAGUGCUUGUUCUCUGUUGAGGGACAAAUACAAAGUUAUGAUCAGCUGGUUUUUCAACACACAACACACAAUAAGUCUUUCACUGUGUGGCGAUGACGUCGAGUAAAAAUACUAAGUGAGUUCUAUUUAUUUCAACCGUUAACGCACAAAACUGUUGUUUUUUUUUUUUUGCUCCUUAUUGGGCUGAAACGUGUUUAUGAACUGUAGAGCGUCGGGUUACUACACGAUGAUCACCUGCUGCUGUGGCCGCUCAACGCUCAGUAAUAUUGUCUGUACAGUUGCGUCUUUGUCUCAAUGCGCGUGUGAACCGAUGAGGAAGCACUUUGAGCUUAGCAGUGUCUUGUUUGCACUUUAGCUGCUUGACUAGUUUCUAAUGAGUAGUUUAAUCUUUUACGCACAGCUUCUUGUAAAUAUAUUGAAAGUGUGAGAAAUGAUCAUGGUGUUGGUUUUCUCCCCUUCAGCGCCUUGUUGAAUCUGAAUUAAUUCCACUGAUUUUUUUUUUUCCCUUGGCCUGGUGACUGUUGCAAUGUCGCUUUGCAGUUCUCCACAGUAUUUACAUUUUAUAAAUAUAUGUAUUUUUUGUUCUUUAAUUGUAUUUUUGUGUAAAUAAACACUGGUACAGUCAU